ACACACAAACGUCAAAAAUGUGCGCGCGCAUUUCAAAUUUGCGGAACACGUGCGGUUUGUUUAUCCACAAAACCCCCGGUAUAAAACUACGAAAAUUCCAAAAUAACACCGCAGCAAUGUCCACCAUAGAGGACGCUAAAAAACUCGCCGCAUACCAAGCCGUAGACGACCACGUCAAAAACGAUUACAUCAUCGGAAUCGGAAGUGGUUCCACCGUUGUUUAUGCCGUGGAACGUUUGGCCCAAAAGGUACAAAAGGAGAAACUGAGCGUUUUAUGUGUCCCCACGUCCUUCCAAGCGAGACAGUUAGUUGUAAAGCAUCGGCUACCGCUCACGGACUUAGAUGUGAGCCCCAAGUUGGACGUUUGCAUCGAUGGGGCCGAUGAGGUCGACUCACGCCUCACCCUCAUUAAGGGCGGAGGCGGUUGUCUUUUGCAAGAGAAAAUCGUCGCCAGUUGUGCAAAUAAGUUAAUUAUUAUCGCGGAUUAUACGAAGAAUAGUAACAAGUUAGGCGAACAAUACAAAAAAGGCAUCCCAAUAGAAGUGAUCCCGAUGGCAUACACUCCCAUACAAUCACACCUAGAAUCCAUAUACAAAGGUCAAUUUGCUCUACGUAUGGCAGUUAACAAAGCUGGUCCAGUGGUUACCGAUAAUGGAAACUUCAUACUGGACUGGAAGGAGUUCGAUCAAAACCUGGAUUGGGCCAAAGUCAAUCAGGGAAUCAUGAUGAUUCCCGGAGUGGUCGAGACUGGAUUGUUUGUGAAAAUGGUCGAGAGGGCUUAUUUUGGGAUGCCCGAUGGGAGUGUUAAGGUGCAAGAUGCUUAAUUGAGGUUGUUUUUGUCAGUUUAGUAUAUUAAUUAGGUAAGACUUAAUCCUUUUUGUCACCUUGUAUAGUUUUAAGGGGUUUAUAUGGGGUUUCCAGGGAAGCUUAGGUUCCUAGUAGGAUAAGUUAAAUGUUUAAUGUAAUUUUUGUUAUUGGCUUUUUAAAAAGUGCUUAUCAGUGUGUAAUGGAAUAUCUUUGUACUGAUAUAUUUCUAAAAAAAAAUUGGUUGUAUUAUUGAUAAGGUUUUUAUCUGGGAAUGAAGUAAAUUAAUUAGUUUUUC